CUUCACCAUCCUCAGAAACUCUGUAGUUUUUCAAAAAAAGUACUGAAACAUCCAACAUGUCUCCUCCAAGACCUAUUCUCUCCCUUAUCCUCAUCAUACUCUCAUUAGGGUUUUGUUUUGGCUCUUCCAUGGAUUCUCCGAAACAUGUUGAGCAUCUCAGCCUCAUGGCAAGAAGGUAUUUAAAAACAAAACCAGUAAGGCUUCAAGCUCUCAAGCAACAGUUAAUGUUGAUGACUAUGGAGCCAUAGCCAAUGAUGGAAAAGAUGAUACUGAGGCCUUCAACAAAGCUUGGAAUGAGACUUGUUCUAAAGGGGCUGUUCUUCUUGUUCCCGAGAACAAAGUUUAUCAUCUCAAGCCAAUAACUUUUUCAGGUUCAUGCCAGCCAAAUACUACAUUCAUGUUGCAUGGGACAAUCAAAGCUUGGCCUCACUUGUCUGCAUAUGAAGAAGAUCCAACACAUUGGAUUCAGUUUGAUGGCAUCACAGGUUUAAGUGUUGAUGGUGGUGACAUUGGAACAUUCAAUGGCAAUGGAAAGAAAUGGUGGAAGAAAUCUUGCAAAGUCAACAAAACACUUCCAUGCACAGACGCACCAACUGCUGUAACUUUCUAUGAAUGCAACAAUCUGACAGUGAAAAACCUGAGGUUCAGGAAUUCUCAGAAAAUGCAUAUGAAUAUCCAGAAAUGUUUGAACGUUACACUUUCAAAUCUCAAUGUGAGAGCACCAGAAGACAGCCCUAACACUGAUGGGAUUCAUGUGACAGAGACACAGAAUAUUCUCAUCACUGACAGUACCAUUGGUACAGGUGAUGACUGCAUUUCAAUAGAAAGCGGAUCCAAAAAUGUUAGAAUCACAGACAUAACCUGCGGACCAGGACAUGGAAUCAGUAUUGGAAGCUUAGGAGAUAAUAACUCAAAAGCAGAGGUGUCGAAUGUGGUAGUGAACAGAGCAAAAUUGAGAGGAACGACCAAUGGAGUGAGAAUAAAAACUUGGCAGGGAGGGUCAGGGUAUGCAAGGAACAUCGAAUUUAUGAACAUAGAAGUGAAAAAUGUAAGCAACCCCAUCAUCAUAGAUCAGAACUACUGUGAUCAGGAAGAACCAUGCCGUGAGCAGGAAUCAGCAGUGGAAGUGAGUAAUCUGAUAUACCAGAACAUAAGAGGAACAAGUGCUUCAGAAGUGGCCAUUAGAUUUGACUGCAGCAAGACAGUGCCAUGCAGAGACGUGUUCGUCAAGGAUGUGACCUUAGAAGCUGAAGGAGAUGGACACACCACAGCUUCUUGUGACAACGUUAUCUAUGUCAACCGAGGAAACCUGUCCCCUCGCUGUUCAUCUCGUUGAUACUUCAUUAAUUGGGUGAAAAACUCUUUCACUUCUCGGAAAAAAUGGAGCAUAAAGAUUCAGCGUUUAUGAGAGCUAUGAGUUCAAAGGUUGAAGAAAGGAAGUGAACUGAUAGAGGACCAGGGGAUAUUUAUUCUGGUUUUCUACCUCUUUUUGUGAAUUCACUUAGUUUACUUCAAUUGUUUGUUCUCUCAUCAUGUGAAAGAGUGUAUGGAUUUUGUUUUUGUUAGCUUCUUUUUGUAUUUAUUAGGUUAAAGUUGGUCAUGUGUAUUUACUUGUAUGGAACUCAAAAUAAGCCACAAUGUUCACAGCUUGUGAAUAAUUUGUGAGGUUGUUAUUUUUGAUAUUUUAUGUUAAUAUUGAUUGAUUUUUAUAGAA